CUUUUUUUUAAUUGAUUCUUAUUUAAGUUACAACAUGCCUCCCAAUCCUCCCAGAGUACCUGUUAGAAGAACUUCGCGUAGGUUCUCUGUUGCACAAGUUCCAGUUGCUGUGUAUCUCGGUGUAGAUAUUGAACUUCGUGAAAACUCUACUAGUUAUUACUCAAUUUCUGUUCAUGACGGUAUGUAUUGUACUGAUUACUAUGAAGGCGAGCUUUUCAAGCAUACUCCGGAAACAUCCAGCACAAAGGAAAUGGCUAUGGAGGCAUUUACCAAACUGCAUGAAAUCGUUGAGAUUUACUCUUUGGCACAAAACUUUAAAGUUCAGCUCGUUGCUUCCUCUCAUGAUAUUGGAAGCGACAUUCUCCAAAAUGAUCCUUCCGUUAAUCUUCUCGAGGAGUGUACCUCUGUCAUUGAUUAUUGGAGAAACUUGGAUGCCCUUCCUUUCCGUGUUCAAACAAAUGCAGAAUCUUCAGAUGAGAGAGCAAGUGCUGCUGUUAGAAAAGCCGUCAUGUGGUUGAGUCCAAACUACCCCGGAAAUCUUCCACGUAUUUCUGUCGGGUACCGUCAUGAGGUUGAAGUUGAUUUUAAUCAUAUUAUUCAUAUUGCAACCAAAGAUGCCUAUCAAGACACUGUUUGCAAAGAGACAUGGGAUGUACUUCAAUCCAUGUGUGACUCAUUCAAGGAAAAAAAGCUGCGAGUUUCAUUUUUUAAUUCCACUCCCCAAGGUGGCGGAGUUGCAUUGAUGCGUCAUGCAUUGCUCCGGUUUCUUCAUUUGAACGGUGUUGACGUACAUUGGUAUGUUGCCCGUCCUAAGCCUGAAGUAUUUGAUAUUACAAAGCGUAAAUUCCAUAACGUACUUCAAGGUGUUGCUGACCCAGAUGUCCGUUUAACAGAAGAGGACAAAGAACUUUUUAUUGCAUGGUCUGACGAAAACGCCAAAAGAUUUUGGUUAGAUCACAAGGGUCCUAUCAAAAACUCUGAUGUUAUCAUCAUUGAUGACCCACAAUUGGCGGGCAUAAUCCCUCAUAUCCGUAUUAAUGCUCCCCAAACAAAAAUCAUCUUUAGAUCUCACAUUGAGGUUAGAGCUGAUUUGAUCAGGGAACAUCCUGAUGGUCCUACUGCCGAUACCUGGAACUUCUUAUGGGGCUUCAUUCAACAAGCAGAUCUAUUUGUAGCCCAUCCAAUUAACAACUUUGUUCCCGAUGGAGUACCUCCAAAAAACGUAGUCUUAUUGCCCGCUGCUACAGAUCCAUUAGAUGGUUUGAACAAACCAUUAAAUGGCUGGUGUACUUCAUAUUAUCAAUCUGUAUUCAAUCGUACCUGUGUUGAUUUCGGUGUAAAUGAAGUUGAUUGGUAUAGACCCUAUAUUGUUCAAGUAGCCAGAUUCGAUCCUUCUAAAGGUAUCCCCGAUGUAUUGGAAGCUUACCGCUUACUUCGUGAAAAGAUGGAUGGUGCAUUUGAAGAUUACAAGACACCCCAACUUGUUAUUUGUGGUCAUGGUAGUAUUGAUGACCCAGAUGGUACCCUCAUCUUUGAGCAAACACUCGAAAUUAUUCAGUCUAAGAAGUUUACUCUUAUUUCAAGUGACAUCAUUGCCGUUCGUCUGCCUGCUUCCGAUCAAUUGCUCAACAUGAUUCUCAGAGGCGCUCAUGUUGCUCUCCAACUUUCCCACAGAGAAGGUUUUGAAGUCAAGGUCACUGAAGCUUUGCAAAAGGGCGUACCCGUUGUUGCUUAUGAAGCAGGUGGUAUUCCCCUUCAAAUACAACGUGAUGUAAAUGGCUUCUUGGUACCAAUUGGUGACGUUGAAGGUGUUGCUUGCAAGCUCUUGGAAUUGUUUGAGAACCCGGGCUUGCAUGCCAGAAUGAGCAAGAGCGCAAAAGAAGGUGUGACCGAAGAAUUCUUCACAGUAUGGAAUGCCAUGUCCUGGCUUCACAUGAUUCUCGAACUAGCAGAAGACAAGGAUACAGCCGAACACAAGUCAGGUGGUCUUAACGAUUUAACAAUUUUAGAUAAUACUAAUCUUGGUGACAUGCGCAAGGUAUCCGAACUCUGGAGAGAAAAAUACAACUAUACGAAAAACUAAACAAAAAAAUGACCUUGCCUUUAUUGUAUGAAUAAAAUAAGCUUUUUUUUUUUCUUUUCCCGCUUCCAUUAAUAGAUU